AUGGUUGCGUUAGUAUUUGAAUUAAUCGCAUUAUUCACUGCCCUGACAUAUGCCAACUUAUCGAUUAAUAAUGGCGAUAAUGUUCGGGAUAUUGUACGAGGAAUGGAAUUAAUGGGUAUAAUUCAAAAGAUACCAAUUACAUCCAAGGAAGUAACCAAUACUACAGAUUGUACUAAGCAAUACCGUAUAGAGCAUUACGACAGUAGCAGCAAAUUCGGAAUAUCACCACGACCGUAUCAGAGUUCGCUGACAAAAAUACGCUGGAAAAUAAAAAUGUUCUGGGCGACUGUUAUUGUAAUUUCGAUCCUAUGGAUAUUAAUCUUAAUCGGCUUAAUCGUUAUUGUGUACAUACGAAUUGUACAUAUGCAUCAUACUAUUUCGCAAAUAUUUUGUCCAAAAGAUUAA